AUGACUAGAAAGAAGGUCAAGCUGGCCUACAUAGCUAAUGACCCAACCAGAAAAGCCACUUUCAAAAAAAGGAAGAGGGGCUUGAUAAAGAAGAUAAGUGAACUGAGCACACUCUGUGACGUUCCAGCGUGUGCCCUAAUCUAUAGCCAGUAUGAGUCUCUCCCUGAUAUAUGGCCAUCCCCUUCCGGCGUGCAGCGUGUUAUCGCGCAAUUCAGAAAUAUGCCGGAGAUUGAACAAGGGCGGAAGAUGUUCAACCAGGAGACUUUUCUCAGGCAGCGGAUCGUGAAGGCUCACGAGCAGCUCAAGAGGCUGAGGAAAGAGAACCGGGAAAAGGAGGUGUCGAGGGUGAUGUUCCAGACCCUCACUGGUAGGCCUCUGCAGGGACUGAACAUGAUCGACCUGAACGACCUAGGAUGGCUAAUCGACCAGAACGUGAAGGAGCUUGGUGAGAAGAUCAAGAGCAAGAGAGAGGAGCUGCUGGCUCAGAACAAUGAAGUCACAGUGGCAGCACCAAAUGCAGCAGCUUUGCCUGCUGCAGCUGGAGACCAUGGCAUGGACCUGAACAUGCAGCAGCCAGCAAUGGAGAACACCAUGCAGAGGCCUCCAUGGUUCUCAGAUAUGAUGACCCCGCAGGAGCCAAUGGGGUUUGGUGCUGCUGGUGGCGAUGAGGUGUUGCCCUUCGGGGAUCAGAAUCAUCCUGCUUUUUGGCAUAACAGCCCUUUUUUUCGUUGA